UCUUCCAGCAAAGUGAUGACCACCGCCGUGAAAGUAAACGGGUUUAACAAAAUGAAAUCAACUGAAAAGGGAAUACAAUUAGCCAUGAUCCCGAAGUAUUCCCUGAUGGGUCCUUGCAAGGGACACAUGUGCACAAAGAGCAGCCCACUUUGUUUGGGAUCAUCUUGCAAAUUGUCCACCCAGUUUAUCAUCCAAGAUCAUAUGGCAAUACAUUUCAACAACCUUCUUUCAACCAAAGCUGCUGUUGAUACAUCUAUGCCAAAAACCUUGUCUACGAGCAUUAAAUACAAAGAUCAACUGAAAAGAGAGAGACUCAAGAAAGCGGUACAAAAGUAUGAGAAGAAAAUUCUGUACCUCCAUCCAUCACCUCAAAUGAACACCGGGUCUGUCUCACCAUCAGCAUGCAGACUUAGAAGAAAAUGAAAAUGACCCCCCUAUGCAAAGGAUUGGUUACUUACUCAAUCCUGGUUAUACUUUCAACAGUCUCCACGCUAACCUGAAAGCAGAUAGGUAAGCUUUGAA